CCCCUGCGCGAGCCGGCGCGCACCCUGCGGGGAGGCGAGUCUGAGAAGAGGCUGGGAGGGUGGGCCCGGCCGUUGCGAGCGCGUCGCGCGCUCCCGAGCGCGAGCCUCUUUUCGCUCCUCCCCCUGCUCCCGGGAGGGAGGCUGGGGGAGCACUGUGCUUGCCGUGGCCUGAGGGGAUUGGUCAGGAUUUGUCCCAGCUGAGGUGACCAUCUGUUGCUGUCCUUCACCAGUCCUGCCCUAGGAGCAGACUGAGAAGAGAGACUCAACCCCCAAGGCUAGCUACUGGAGCAACCCCACUCAUUGCCCCCAGGAAGGGGUCUGUGUGAGAAGCGUGUGAUGCCCCUCUGAGCCACACAUUCCUGCUUUGUGAGGAGCCUGGCCUCAACAUGGCCACCGGAGACCUCGAGGUGCCGGACAGGGGUCUGGGCUGCCCCGAGGCCAUGGAGGAGCUGGCCAUGUUGAUGGAGAAAUCCAGGAAGCAAUCGCAGGAGGAGAAGGCCAAAGGUGGCGAGAUGGCAGAAAGGAGUGAAGAGGUGAGCAGCCAGGCCCAGGGGCCGGACGAGGACGGGCAGAGCCGAGCGCCCCAGCAGGCCCCGGAUGGCAUCAGGCCCUCCAAGGCGAAGGCGGAGCAGGGAGGCCCCGGGAAGGCGGCCACAGCUCCUAAGAGCGCCCCCACUCGGAAGAAAAGCAAGGCCCAGGCCCAGCCCCCUGGAAAGCCACAGCUGCGGCCCGGGCCGCUGAGCGACGAGCUGCCCUGGGGAGAGAUCACCCUCAACAAGUGCCUGGCGCUGGCCUCCGUCGUGGCCGUCCUGAGCAUGGCCUUCCAGGUGUUCCAGGAUGUCAUCGAUGGCGACGAGGAGGGCCCUGAGGCUGCCCCUGCGCUGUGGGCCUGGCCAGGCAGCGGUGCCCCCAAGGACGGGGGUCCCACACCGCCCAAGCCCAGGGACGGGGCCAAGACACCGGCCCCACCUGCGGGGCCCAAGCCCCCUGCCAAGGAGAGCCCCGGGGCCUUCCGGCUCGGGGAGGCCCCUCCAAAAGAGCUGGAGCCAGAGGCCCCGGAGGAGGAGAAGGCGGGCCCUGCCAGGGCCCCGGAAGUGGCCGCCCUGCCCGAGGACCCUGGGCUGGGCCCCGGAGCGGAGAGGCCCGAGAGGCCAUCCUGGGCCGGAAGCAAGAAGGGCUCCCGGGAGGAGAGAGCCGAGCCUCCCCGACGGGACCGCAAAGAGGGAGGCCGCCGGCCGCGGCCGCCCAGAGAAGGGGCCGAGGAGGCUCCGCGCCGGCCCUGGGAGCGGGAGCACAAGCACCACCGGGGCAGGUGGGAGGACUCCAAGAAGCCCCCCCGGGAGGGAGCCAGGAACAAGAGAGAGGAGCAGCGCAGGCAGGAGGACAGGGCCAGGUUCUUCCCCAAACAGAAGUACCGGGAGGGCAAGCGCAGGGACUGAGGAGCCCCCCCCCCCCCUCCCCGGAGGCCCUGGUGCCACGCCUAGCCCUGACAGUCACUACCUGUGUGACUCAAGCAUGUCUAAGCUCUCUCUGGGCCUCAGUUUCUCCUUGUGGAAAGUGAGGUCUGAUGUCCCGGAUACCUUUGUGACAAGGGGGUGGAGGCUGCCUGGCAUGGAUUGCCAUGAAGGUCUGAGGAGCGCCCGGCCUUUCCAGGAGGGCCAUCGAGCUGUCCCCCAGGCCCGGCCACCUUGGCGAGGGAGGCGUCCUCGAUUCCAGCCUUCGUCCCUCCCCCCGGGCCCCCCAGUUUAUUAAAGCGAACGUCUGAAAAGAAA